AUGGAGGUCAGAUACAACCAAGAGCCUGAACCAGGGAUGGGGCUGAAGAACGGCAUAAAGGAUGGGAAAGACGGCAAGGAUUCCCAGGGAAACCUUUCCAAAACCUUCCUAAAGGAUCAGCAGGAGUCCUUUUCGCCAUCUGGGACGGUGGAAAGCUGUGAGAAAAACCGGGGGAGCACGGGGGACCCGGACUACUGCCGGAGAAUACUUGUCCGAGAUGCAAAAGGGUCUAUCCGAGAGAUCAUUCUGCCAAAGGGACUGGAUUUGGACCGUCCCAAACGAACCCGGACCUCUUUCACUGCAGAGCAACUCUAUCGUCUGGAGAUGGAGUUCCAGAGGUGCCAGUAUGUGGUUGGGAGGGAACGAACAGAACUGGCCCGCCAGCUAAAUCUAUCUGAAACGCAGGUUAAAGUUUGGUUCCAGAACCGACGCACAAAGCAGAAGAAGGACCAGGGCAAAGAUUCAGAGCUGCGCUCGGUGGUGUCAGAGACGGCGGCCACCUGCAGUGUAUUGAGACUUCUGGAGCAGGGCCGGCUCCUCACGCCACCAGGCCUGCCGGGGCUCCUGCAGCACUGUGGCAACGGCACCCUGGGUGCCGCCCUGCGAGGACCCUCCAUGGGCAUGGUCAGCAACGGAAGCAGCAGCAGCAGCAGUGGUGCCAGCUCAGGGACAGCCGGCGGCAGUCCCCCUCUACCUAUAGUGACGAGCUCAGGGACGGUGGCAGGCCUCCAGAACUCCCCAUCAGCUCACGGCCUGUUCAGCUUCCCCAUGCCCUCUCUGCUUGGCAGCGUGGCCACCCGCAUGUCCUCCAACCCGCUCUCCAUGGCCGGCUCCCUGGCCGGGAACCUGCAGGAACUGUCUGCCCGCUAUCUGAGCUCUUCUGCUUUUGAACCUUACUCACGGACCAAUGGGAAGGAGAGUGUGGACAAAAACGUUUUGGAAUGA